AUGAAGAUGGCGCAUGCUAAUGAAAUUGUCAUCCGCACUAGUUUUGAUGAAAAUGGCAAAACGUAUAACGGUGAUGUGUUGAAUCUUGAAGGAUUGAGAGAGGUGAAAGGUGUCGUGACGGGGAAAAUUACUAAAGGACUUGUAUCAGGAGGCGGUCUGAAGGUGCUGGGCUUUUAUGAUAAAAUCGAUUCACUAGAUUUGAAGUUUCAGAUGAGAAUGGAGGACACAACUGUGGAAGACUCUGAGAUCUGCUUUACGCAAAGGAUGCCUCCAAACUCGUAUAUCCACCUCUUAGCAACCUCGGGUACGAUGUCAAACAGCAAGGCGCUCUUCAAAUUUGAAGGUCUGCACCUCAGCAAAAACGUCUUCCUACUCUUGGAGGGGACAAAGGUUCGGUGGGAAGGGGGAGGGGGGGAUCACGCCAAACGCGCUGUCGUGGUGUUUACGGGCAAUGAAAUCAGCAGCAUCGACGACGCCUCCGGGCUCUUUCUUCUCAACACGAGCGCGGAGAACGCGGAGAGUAUUCUCUCCUCCAACAAUAUCAACGUUUUGACGAUCUCCGACCACUCCGCGCUCGGGGUAGAUUGGGGCUCCUGUACGGGCUGCACCGGCGCCACGGUCGCGGUGCCGCAGAUCUCAGUGAGUGAGUCCAGCAUGUUCCGUCUAAGCCACCUCACCGUGGAGAAUAACGCCCCACUCCUCGCCAACGAAGGGAGUGUCUCCAUCACAGACGCCUCACUCUACUUCGUGGUGGAUUGCGCGGUAAACUCCGGCAGCCUCUUCACCUUCGAUAAGUUUAUCGUCUCGGGAAGUUCGCUUGUAUCAUUUAUCCGGUUGAAGGUUCAGGGGUCUCUGUUCGCGACCAAGAGUACCGUCGACGAAUCUGCCGUGGACUCGAGCUCGCGGUUGUAUGCGAAUGUCGAACUUAACGGAAAAGAACUCACCGAGGACGAUUUCCAACAACACGGACUCCACGUGAGUGCAGUGGUCACCUCAAAUGACAGGCUCGCCGAUAAUAAAUGCGCCUACUCAUCCUGUAUGCCGAAUAACUUCGAGAUCCAGCCGUCGGAACAAAGCUGUGGAUGUGUCUGUAAAAAUGAUAAGUAUCAACUGCCUGUGUGCACGUCGGUAUUGGACCCAGUGAAUGGAUACGACAAUACUCAAAAACCACCAUGCAAGGUCAGUAAUUGCUGGCAAUGCACCCCCUCCGAUGAAAACAAGUGUGCCAAUUGCUUCCCCGAUUACAAUAUGACUGAAGACAAAAAGUGUAUAUUUAUCGAGCCUCCCCCUCCACCGACCCCGAAGCCAGAACCAACCCCAACUCCCAUUAUUGUUCCAUCGGGUCGGGGUGACAUCAUAAAUGACUCAUCAAGAGAUAAAUCAUAUUGCGGGAUCGCACGAUGUCAAAAAUGUACCUCAAACCUAAAAUUUUGUCGAGUGUGUGAACCCGGAUAUGAGGUAAGCCUUAGCAAGGAAGAAUGCAUGACGACACAAGGAACCUCUCGGGUCGCAGGUCUGUCGUUUAUAGGUGUCGUAUCCGCGCUGCUGACGACCGUAUUGCUUUAG